AUGAAUCAGUAUCUGCUCAUAGGCCUCACACUCGCGGCCGUCGCGAACCUAGCAUCCAGCGCUUGCUCGGACGACGGCUCCAAUUGCCGGCAGUUCUCGGGAAUGUGUCAUAACGCGGUUUACGAGUCGAUAUUGCUGCAAUACUGUAAAAGCACUUGCGACAACUGUCCUGGAGUCUGCAAGGAUAACUCGCCAAGGUAAGAGGAUGAGAUUUGAGUUGAUUUUUAUAAAAUUACGGUCUUUUUUCUUUGAAAUGCCGGUGAUUUCUAUGUUUUGGCUGCGCAUUUUUUAUCAGUCUGCCGUGAAAAUAGUGAACGCACUGCGCCAAUCGCGUCGCUGAGAUGAGAAGCGAUUUGAUUUUCUCGCGACAAAAUUCAUUCUCUCGGCGGCGAUGCGAUUUUGAAUGCGACAAAGUGCUCAUUAUUUUCCCGACAGACUAAUAUUAUUUUUGGAAAACCGCAGAGUACCCUAAUCUAGCGUAGUUGAAGCGAUUUCCUGGCUUGCCGGGACAAAACCUUGCUUGUUUUUCGCUUUUUGUUCCUCUGAAAGCAACAAGAAUUUUGGACAAACAGGAGAAAAAAUUUGUGUUCUGUUUCGCUAGUGACGCAUUACAUUUAUUAUAUGUACAAAGCCGUCUUUCCACCGCGAAGCCACAAAGCUAUGGGAUAAAUGUCUUUUCUCUCCGACCUUUUUCCGGAUUUUGCACAGUGUUUCGUCGGAAAUGAUCGUCCAAUGUCAUUGCAAGGCAGCAGACAAAAUGAGCGCAAUAUCGCAUCGAAAAUCGCAUCGCCACCGAGAAAAUGAAUUGUGGUGCGACAAAAUCAAAUUGCUUUUCAAUUCAGUGCGAUCAGCGCAGUGGCACUGUGAUCAUUAUUUUUCCGAUAGAGUGAUACACAUAAUUUGAAAGCAAUCCAAGUUAUAAUAAAUGUAAAUAGCAUAAAAUUAAUAAAAUUAACAUAAAAUUUUCUGCUUAUCUACAGGGUCUUUCAAGAAACGUGAAGGAAAGUUAGAGGCAAUAAAAUUCGGCUGAGUGAGGCGGCGCAGAGACUUCGUCUUUGGAACAUGUAUUUUUAAGCGGCAUUAAUUCUUGUCCAUGAAAUAACAAAAUUUUAAAGCGCAAACUGAGGUCGCUACGACCUUUUGAAGUAGAUGCAUUUAUACCCCGAAAUCCAGUGUUUUUCGGCUGAAAAUGAUUGAGAAAUUUCGAAUUUUUUCGAUUGAAAAUCACCAAGAAAUGCCGCGGCAUGCCGGGGCUUUCGGGACCCUGUAUUCCUCUAAAUUCAACUUUCAGAUGCCCCUCAUGGAACCGGAAUGGAUUCUGUCAGAGUGCCUACUACACUUCGGCACACAAAGAGUUGUAUUGCGCCAAGACUUGCGGCCUCUGCAAGGACGGCGGCGAUAGCGAUGGAGAUGGCAGUGGUAGUGGAGGCCGGUAA